AAGCUCAAGACAGUAAUUAAGACUCUCAACCAUCCUAGCCGCUUGCCGGAGAUCGAGUGUCCGACAUACGCCGCCAUGAAACCCUCUAGUUCGAAUACCGGCUUUUUCCAGGAACUCCCGGUUCUGCCGAACCAAUUCUUCGACGAUGCCAGCUUUCAGAGAGCCUUGAGGCUCUUCCUAGCAAAGGACAUUAUAGAGCGUGUCGAAGUCGACAUCGCGCAACUGGGCGAGGAUGUACUAUCCGACCAAGUCUUUUCCUGGAUCACAGACUCGGAGAAGAACAAGCCGUACCUUAAGGGUAACGGCCGUGACUCCCUUGGGCGGCCUACAUCGGAGCUGGUCGUCGGCGAAGGCUGGCGCAGCCUGCAAGACUUUGGUAUCAGGAAGGGCAUCGUCGCUACAGGGUACGAUGCUUCACUUGGCUCGUCCGCCCGCGUGGUCCAGUUCCUGAGGAUUCACUUGUGGGGGAGUUCGGCUUCCAACGUCACCUGCCCAUCGGCUAUGCAAGAUGGGGCAGCUCGGCUCCUGCAGCUUCAUCUUUCAAGAGACAUGGAACCAACGCAACGAAAGGCAUUGGAGAAUGCGCUUCAACAUCUUCUGUCUAGGGAUCCAAAAACUGCCUGGACUAGCGGGCAGUGGAUGACCGAACGAACCGGCGGAAGCGAUGUUUCUCUCACCGAAACAGUUGCCCAGCAUAUUCCAUCCUCGGAAACGGCCCUCGCAAGUGCAGCGGAGAACAUUCCUCUAGGCCCAUGGUCCAUUUCCGGAUUCAAGUGGUUUUCCAGCGCCACGGAUUCAGCCAUGACCGUCCUCCUCGCGAGAACGCAAAGCGGUAUCAGUGCCUUCUUCGCCCCAAUGAGGCGACACAGCCCUACGGCAUUAACAAUGACUGGACGGCCCAAGGGCGCCGCCGGAACGGAGCUAAACGGUGUCCGGAUCCAAAGACUAAAGAACAAGUCUGGUACGCAGUCGCUUCCCACGGCCGAGCUCGAGCUCGAUGGCAUGCAAGGUUGGCUCCUGGGCCAAGAGGGCUGCGGCAUCAACGAGAUCAGCACCAUCCUCACUCUCACGCGCAUACACUCCGCCGUAGGUGCUGUGGGAUACUUGGGUCGAGGUCUGGCUGUCGCGAGGGCAUACGCCAAAGUCAGACAAGUCGGCGCAGGUAAGGGUCAGCGGAUGCUCCUGACGGAAAGCCCACUACACAUGCAGACCUUGGGGGAGAUGACUGGGGAGUAUCACGGUCUCAUGCUUCUGACUUUCUUCACGGCAUACAUUUUGGGGUUGGACGAGAACCCGCAAGCGGGCAGGUCUGAUCUAUCGGAUGCUCUUGCUGCCAUCACACCAGACCAGAAACACAUUGCGCCCCUUUUGCGCAUCCUGACACCGCUCUGCAAGGCCUAUGUCUGCAAAAAGUCGAUUCCGCUGCUGUACAAUUGUAUGGAGGCUCUCGGAGGUGUCGGGUACAUGCUGAACGAAGACACCGAGUACCUGAACAUCGCCAGGCUUUACCGCGACUGCUGCGUGCUGUCAAUCUGGGAAGGCACUACGGAUGUUCUCGCAACAGACUUCUUGCGAGCAUUGAAGCAUCCAAAAGGAGGACAGGAGUCCAUGGAUGCGCUUGACGCUUUCUUUGCCCAAAGCCAUGCCGAAGGAGAGGCCAAUGGUUGGAAACCAAAAGACUCGUGGAAUGCACUCAAAGCCUCCCUGGUGGAAAAGUCGCAGGCGGAUCUCAUUGGAGAUGCAAGACAAAUCCUCUGGGUCGUGGCAGAAGCGCUCAUUGGCGUGUUGCUUCGCGCAGACUAUCAGAAAGAUGAGAGCCAAGCAGCAUUCGAUGUUCUCUCUCGCCACCAAGCUCGCUGUGGCGGUGAGACAUUUGGGAAACCGACUCGAACAACGUCGAAUGAGCCGCAGCUUGGUACACAAGACAGAUUGGAGAGGAACUUUACCAUCGUGUACGGUAGAUCGGGCUCAAACAAAGCGCCUCUUUCAAAGCUUUAGAGCCGCAUUGCCUGCCAUAUGCAGAAUAUUAAAGUUCAACAUGUC